CUUAGUUUGUAAUAUCUGUAACGGAAGUAAAUCGAUUCUCUGCCUGACAUUUGUUUCCUGUUGUCCGCACUGACAACAGAAGCAGUAGCCAGAAGCUCUUCGGAGUGAAAACAGAAAAAAACUGCCCUGACCAGCUCGAUCUUAGUGAGAGAGAGACAAGGGAAGGCAGUAAAAAUGGAUGGAGAAGAAAAAACCUAUGGUGGCUGUGAAGGGCCAGAUGCCAUGUAUGUGAAAUUGAUCUCCUCUGAUGGCCAUGAGUUUAUUGUGAAGAGAGAACAUGCUCUGACAUCUGGAACAAUCAAAGCUAUGCUUAGUGGUCCUGGCCAGUUUGCUGAGAAUGAAACAAAUGAAGUCAACUUUCGAGAGAUCCCAUCUCAUGUUCUUUCUAAAGUGUGCAUGUACUUCACAUACAAAGUCCGCUAUACUAAUAGUUCAACAGAAAUCCCAGAAUUUCCUAUUGCCCCAGAGAUAGCGUUGGAGCUACUGAUGGCUGCAAACUUCUUAGAUUGUUAAACAUAAAAAAGAAACACUCAUACACACGUCUGGCUGCAGAAUAAAUAUGAAAAGCAAAUUAUUAUUGGUUUAUUUUAUUGCUUUUUAAGGUUUUCAAACAAUUGCUGAAACUGCUAAAUGAGAGGUAUAACAGUUUUUGGUCACUUGUCCUAUUUAACCUGUAAUUUCUUUAAUAAAAAAAAAAAAAAUUUUUCUUUUACUUUAUUGUUUUAGGCUUUGGCCCAGUAUUAACUUAUAACUUAAUUUCUGUAUUGCAAAAUAAAGAUGCUUGGAGUAAUAUUCUCCUAUUAAAUGUUUUCAAGAUUAGAGUCAAACAGACAUGUAAUUUUACAAUGUGUCUUUUUAUGUUAAUUCAGUUGAAAUAGAUUUGUCAUACCUUUUCUGCAUGUGGAUUUAUCAGACAGAAGUCUUAUAAUUCAUUCAUCGGUUGUUUAAUGAAUAAAUCCAGUUGUUCUUGAAAA